CGGGCAACGACGUUACGAACUAAUUACCUACGUUACUUACUUGAGCACAAAAAAAAUGAAACCGUGUGAAUAUGUAUUCUUGAUUUCCAGAAUGUGCUUGCAUAGAAGUAUUUGUGCGUAGUUCGUCUGUACUAAAACAAGAAGCAACCAUGGCCUUAGGUUUUGAGCUCUUCUCGCUCAAAGCCCUACAGAGGGUUGCGUCCAUAUUCUGUCUUCUUUCGUGCGUAGUGGUUUGCCAGAGCAAUGGUCACGGUCCAGUUACCGUUCCACCACCGAUCACUCACAGCCCCCCGCACGGUGGCGGCAGCUCUGCACAUGCAGUGCAAAUGGAUAUGUCCCCGUUCCUCCAGUCCGGUGGCAUCUUUCCAAACUUAGCGGCAACAGCAGCUAGUGGACCGAAACGGUCGGAAUGCGGAAUAGGAGCAUUGUUUCCAUGGGCAGAUAAUCUUUACAUGGUCAGCUAUUUAUCAGUUCCAGGCGCUGGUUCAGGGACGGGCUUCUAUUCCAUCAACAAGGACAUGAACAUGACGAAACUGGCCAAUCACAGUUCAACGUACGCUAAUCGCUUACUGCACCCGCACUCCAAUCAGGCCAUUAUUGGAGCUUGGGCGGUUGACAUGGAAGGCAAGGUCAAGACCUUCGAUAGCCUGCUGCAUGUCAGGGUGGGUGGCAUGGCUCUGCAUUUGACUGAUCCGGAACACAAGGUGUACAUGCUUGGCAUGGAUGGUCCACUGUGGGAGUGUGAUGUGUACGACAUGAACUGCACACAACUAUUUGACUUGGUCAAGGAACUUGCCAUUCCGACAUCAUCUGGUGAGCAGGUUCACUUCAAGGCAGCACACAGCAUGAAUGGACGGCUGGUUGUAGCCUCCAAUACGGAAGAAGAGGAUGACUUCCUUGGAACAGCUCAUGGUGGUAGACUGGCAGAGUGGCAAGGACCCGGUCACGAGUGGACGAUCCUAGCACGCACAGCCUUCGCUGAGGUUGCCGGCCGCGGUAACUUUGGCAAAGUUAUCUAUGCACUAGGAUGGGACGCUAAGUCACUUCUCUUCAUGACCUACGUUGGCGAUUCGAAAACUGGGCCUCAGCACCAGUGGCUGACAUAUCGUUUACCAAAGGCAUCACAUGCCUAUGACCACCUGUGGCAGACAGAGUGGCCACGCAUUCGUGAAGUUGAGACGGAGCGCUACCUGAUGGACGGCCUGGGCCAGUUCUAUGAGUUGUCGCCAUUGGGCUGGGCUAGCUCAUCAUGGGGUAUCCGACCAGUCAGCCGCCAUCUCAGAAUGGUGCCGGACUUCACCUCGUAUCGUGGAUUCCUGGUACUUGGCGGAAACCAGGUUUCUUCUAUUUUCGACAACAAUCUGGUAACAGGUCAGGCCCAGUCUGGCCUGUGGUUCGGAAAGACAGACGACCUCUGGAGUUUCGGCAAGCCUCAAGGAUGGGGUGGAGUGUGGAGAGAUGAGGAACUUGGUGCAAAUCAGGUAUCAGACCCCUUCCUAAUGACUGGAUUUGAUAAAAAAAUAUUACAUCUUUCGGCAGGUAGCUCACCAGUUGAGCAGCUCCAAGUUGUGGUGCAAGUAGAUUUCUUGGGUACGGCAGGUCAUAUCACUGGAGAGGAGUGGGCAAACUUCACAACCGUCACGUUGGCGCCAAAAUCUUAUCAACCCGUCUUGUUUCCGGCUGGAUUCAGUGCGCAUUGGGUUCGACUUGUGAAUCGAUACCCAGCAGUCAUGACUGCCUAUUUCCACUACUCAUAAGCCUUGCUGGGAAGGCCAUGUGCUAUACACAGCUGUAUAUGAUACCAUAUUGGCCCAAUGCCGGCGGAGCAGGUAUAGAAGAGUAUUUAUUUCACACUGCAUUUCUUGGAGGCUUACACUGGUCUGUGUUGACAAUGAUUUCUUAGUAACUGGGCUAGCAACACUAUUCCCUGUUCUACACCGCAGUAGCCCAGAUUCCCGCCGUUAGCAUUAUACGACAUAACCACAAGGAUGAUGCUGAUACUGUGCAUUCAUGCCCAGACAGCGCCUUUCAUACGGCUUGACAGCACAUUACUAGCAUUUCUUCUCACUGCCACAUGUGUGUUUGGCUGUGUUUCUCGUAUACUGUAAUUAUCAAUUUUUGUCUGA